GCAUCUCUCCUCUCCCCAAUCUUUCCUCUCGCUCAUGACGGAUGAUCUGCUCUGCCUGGCUUGAUCGACUACUCGGGCCGUCGAAACCUAAACUCGCGAAUUCACGUGCUGGGCAUUUUGUUAUUGCUCUGCUCGCCAGGAAAAUGCGUCUCUGGAGGGAUUGUGGCAGGCAGGCACGGGAAUGGAUCCGAUAGUCGCUUUCAUGGAUGCGGAUUUUACGGAUUAGAAACAACCUCGUUCCCUUAGACUACCGUCGUGGCGUCACAGGCGAAGUAGCGAAAAGACGAGCACUGACUUGCAUUCGUUGCUUAGGAGUGGCGGUCCAAGGUCCAGUGUACGGAAUAGAGUGACAGUGUGUGCGAAACGAUACACAAGUAACAGCUUUGCGUGGGUUCGUAACAGGUCUGCCGCGUUGAUUCACACACACGUUCUAACCCUAGCUGAGGUUUCCAGUGUCGUGAGACUUCUUCUGCUGGAUCUUCCGGACAGCCUCCGCCGUUCGACUCGCCGCCAUGGCUGCCCAAACUGAUGCGCCAACUCUGCUGACUCCUCAUAUGACUCCAGCGCCGGCGCUGAGUCAAGCGGUGCUGGAGGCAUUGGCGCGCAACGACCAGUUCCACGCGCACGUCUCCGCCCUCGCCGCUGGGGGGGGAGCGUCAGAGCCCCCCGACGGCGCCGGUCCUCCCUCCUCCGGUCGCGGCACAUCCGCGUACCUCCGCCGCCUCCUCGGUCUCGCGGGGGGGACGCGCGGCGCCAGCAUCGCCAGCAACAGCUCCGCAGAGUCUUCCCCCCGCGCGCUCUUCCACGACCUCGACGCGCGCGAUGGCCCCCUGCGCGCACCGGCGUUAGCCGCAGCAGCCGGAGCGGAAGUGCGAGCGGGAGCGGGAGGGGGGGGGAUUCCGAUCUUGGGUGGGGUUAUGGGCCGCUCGCGGAAGGAGCGCAGCGUCUCCCCGAUCCCCGCUGCCUCCCGCCUCUCCUCCUCCGCCACUUCCGCCGCCGCCGAGGCCUCCCGCAUGAAGGUGCGCCAGCACGACCCCAAGGCGCUUGCGCACGCCGCGCUGGCGGCCGUGACGACCGGCAGCGCUGGCACCGCCGGCGGAACCACCGGCGCAAAGCUCGGCGCCAGGGAGAGGGGAGACGCGCACCGCGCACCGAGCGAGCACCUCCGCGGAGCCCCGCACGGCGGAAACAGAAGCCGCGUGGUGCCGCUGAGCGCGGCGCUGAAUGCGGGCUCGCUGGGCGCGAAUAACAGCUCCGCCUGCGCGGCGGACGGCGGCGACCGGUCAGGCGGCGCAGGGGGUACGGCGGGUGGUGCUCCCGCUGUUGAGACCCCAGGAAGGGGGAAGGGACCGGGAGCGACAGCGGCAACGGGGGCGGAGAGUUUUUCCGCGGCUGGCAGGAGCGCGCCGGGUGCCAGCAGCGCCGGGCACGAGCGCACAAACUUUUCCCCCGCGGCCAAAAGCCGGUUUGCGGAUGCCGCGGAAGUGGCUGCAGGCGGAGCGGGUGUGGCAGGCCUUGGCGCAACGGCGGUUCCCGCGGGGACGGCGCGGAGGAGCAACAGCGCCGCUUCCUCGAUUAGCGGCGGGAAUUCCGCGCGAGUGAGGCGCAGCCACGACAGGAAAGGGAUCUCUGCCACGUCAUCAGGCGGUUCGUUAGGCGGCCCGUCCCUCGGAGGAGAGGACGCCAGGACCCGAGCCGCUAAAGGCUCUUCCAGCGGACACGUUGCCGGCGGCGACGGCGGCAGCGGCGGCGGAAGCGACGCUGGCGGCGGAAGUGGCGGAGGCAGUGGCAGCGGCAGCCCGCUGACGGCGAGCGCGCUUGCGCGGCUCCCCGGCGGCGAGUUAAAGCGCGGGUCGUCGUCGCGGCAGCAGAAGCAGACGCGGCUGCUGCAGGAGGUGGAGGAGUGGCUGCAGUCCGCCUCCCCCGCCACCCCCGCGGAAGCGGAAGCCGCCGCCGCUGCGGCGGCGGCCGCCAUGGCGGCGAGCCGCGAAGGGGAGUGGCGGAAGCAGGAGGCGCGGGAGGCGGGGGAGGGGGAAAAGAGCGGAGGGAAAGAGCGGCAGGGGCGGGGGAGUGAGAGGGCGAGAGAGAGGGCAGGGGGGACGGAAUCCGGAGCACGGGCGAAAGAGGAUGGAACAAAGGGGAAGGAGAGGGAGAGGGGCAAAGAGCGAGUGAAGGAGAGAGGGAAAGAGGAGAGGGUGGGGAGGGAGAAAGAGAAGGCAAGAGAGGAAAGGGCAGGGGGGGCGGUGGCGUCAGCGCAGAGCAGCAUGGCAGAGCAUGAGAGAGGGAGUGGCAGUGAAAACGACACCAGCAGCAGCAAGCCCGUGCGACAGCUAAAGCAAACGGCGCAAGCAGCGCUGCCAGGCCAAGGGGAGGAGGGGGAAGCGGCAGUUGGCGGAGCGGGGGCGGGGGCGGGGGCGGGGGGAGGUGGGGGGAAGAACGGCGCAGCGGCAGGUGGUGAUGGUGGGGCGGGCGGCGGCAUAUGGCAAGUGGUGCGAGAGGACGGGCAGGAGCACAGCCCCGUGUCCACACUAGACUUCAGCCAGGCCGCUCGCCCCGCUGCUGCUGCUGCUGCUGCUGGGGGGACAGGGGGCGAGGGGCGAGACGGGGACGGGGACGGGGGAGGCGGGGGAGGCGGGGGAGGAAGGACCAGUACCAGGGCUGGGAGGAGCCGCAGUGGAGACGAAAAGGACGGUGCUGGUGCCUCGGGGCCCGUCAUUCCCCCAGUGUCUGCCUCUCUUUCCUCCGUGCGGCCAUCCAAAGCGGGGGUUCUGCCAGGAGAUGUGAUGCCACGAGGGCUGCCACCGCCGCCCCAUGCACUUGCCGAGAGUCCCUCCUCCCCCGGUCCUGGACACAGCAGCCCUUUUCAGCAGCAGCAGCAUCAGCAGCAUCGGCAGCAUCAGCAACAUUAUGGGGAACAGCCGCCUUCCCCAUCCCCCGGCAAGCACCAUCAUCACCAUCACCACCACCAGCAGCGACACCAGCAGCAUCAGUACUACAACCAGCAGCAGCAGCAACAACACCAGCAUCAGCAGAACCAGCAGCAGCAACGUGAGACAUUACCAGCUGUGCUACCAAGAAGCAACACAGAUAGAAGCCUGGGCAUGGGUGUGAAUGCAUGCACGGACAUGCAGACAGGUCUUACCAUGGGCAUGUGCAGCAUGGGGGGUAUGGGAGGCAUGGGAGGGUUGGGUGGCAUGGGUGGCAUGGACGUGGACGGCAUGGAGCAAGACCUCGACUACGUGCGCCACAUCCUCAUGGCUGCUGGAUUCGCUGGCCCGCACCUCCCGCCUCAUCACUCCCAAACGUUCCCCAUCCCACCGCACAUCUUCCCGCAUCUGGAGUCCAGCAUUGUGGCAGCGGCCUCUCCUCGGUCGCUGCCUGGUUCGGCACAACCCCCCGGAAGCACCCUGGCAGCGGUCGAGCAUGCGAAGCGAGCGGAGGAGCGGCGGCAGCGGCGGCUGCUGUUCGACGCUGUGAAUGAGGCGCUGGGCCGGCGGCUUGGGCCCUUUGUGGAGCUGCCUGUCUGGGCCGAGGGGCUGAGAGAACCCCUGGUGCGGCCGCGGCCUAUGGGGCUGGCGCUGCUGCAAGAGGUGUGGGGGGAAAUCCACGACUGGCCGGUGGCAGCAUCGGAAGAGGUGUAUGAUAUCUUGGAUGAUGCCGCCCGGCGGGAUAUGGGGCGAGGCAUGGACAGGUGGGUGGAUGUGGUGGAGGAGAUUGUGGGGGUGGUGGUGGAGGUGGAGGAAGUGGUGACCAUGCAGUUGAUUGCAGAGGUGGUAGGGGAGAUGACGGAUGUUGAGAGGCAGAGGAAGGCUCGGCGGGCGUCUCCUGCUGGCAGUCGCUCCUCUGGUGGUGGUGGUGGUGCAGCCCCUGCUACUCCCGCACGGAGGCUUUUGAGGUCAAACAGCGGUGGAGGGAUUUCGGUGCAGGAGUUGGUGGGGGGAAAGAAUGGAAACCCUCUGAAAGGGUUUCGCUGGCUGGGAAGAAGAGGGCUCUAGAAGUCGGAAUAAAGGCCACCGUGUGUGUAAGGCAUAGAGGCCGUUGAGUAGUGCCUCCAUAGGUAACAUUACAGCCAACAUUUUUUAAUUGGUUUAGAACCAGGGUUUAGUGCAAUUUCCUUGCACUAAAUCGUAGUGAAAGAAUUUUACUAUACUGUAGGGUAUAGAUUUGUAUGUAGUGGUUUCUGGUUUGGCACGGGAUUUUCCUGUGACGUUGACUGCUGUCCUUGUCGAGCCUCGACA